UCCUUUCCUUCUUCACCUCACUUUCACAAUCCUACCCAAUAUUACAGAGGCAAUCAACGAUAAAAGAUGAUGGGAAAGAUCAGAGGCGGGGUCAAGUUCUCUGAAUUUUUUUUCUCUUAAAGAAAUCUUUUAUUUUUGGCAUGAAAAUCAGAGACAAAUUCUGGAUUUUCCCUUCUCCUCCACGAAUUUCACCCUCUUUUUUCAACUCAUAAAACACCUUCUGAGAUGAAGAGAAAAAGAUGGAAUCCCUAAACCCUAACAUCUUUUAAAUUGCUAGCUUUCUCAUCUUUUUAAUUUCCUGAUUCUACACCAAGACACCUUGAAUUGAAACCGAAUUUACCUUUAAUUUUCCCCAAAUUCCUUGGAUUUUUGCAGAAUUUCGCCUUCCAGCCACAAUUGAGUCCUCAAUCAAUCAUUUCCCUUCAACCAUGUCUUUCUUCCAUAGAGUUUUGUCAUCUUUCAAUGCAUACAUAUGUUUUUCUGAUGCAUGAAAUAGAGAAGGACUAAAGAAAGUUGGAAUCCGUUCUUGGAAAGUAAAGAUUUUGUUUUUUUAAACGAAAAAACAAAAGAUGCCACAGGGAAACGGACUCCCAAAUGAAUGCAAAUGGGAUCUGUUUCGGCAGCUUCGCAGUCCAACACUGUUGAAGUUCUCAGCUGCUUCUACACCUGAAAAUCUCGAGGAUGUUUCCUCGAGGAAAACACUCCAACGCUCAAGAUUGAUCCGCAACAGGAUUCAGAUCGUCCAUGUGGCGACCAGACCUUUGAGUGUUACCGAAAUGCGACCAGGACACUCCCGCUUGAAGAAUCAGUACAUCGAGUCAACUUCACAUCGGUUUCAGGUAAAAAUGGUUUCAUUGAGAGAACUCGCAGAGCAACGAGGUAACCAGGGCAGAGAGGGAGAAGAGGGGGGGGUUUUGUCAGUGGAGCCUAUCACGAUGAUAGUGUCGCCGGAGUUGCAGGAUAUGCCGGAAACAAUGGUGUCUGAGAGCAGCACCAAUUCCAGCGCCAGCGACAACGGUGGCGACCACCCUAGUACAUCAUCUAGCAGCUCGUCGGAGGGGACACCAGGUCGCGAGGAGGAGGCAGGGGAUGUAGUGAGCCAUGUCUCAGAUCGGCCUGUGAUGGGAGAAUGGGAGAGCAAAACCAUCCCAGGCAGGUUGAGCAACAUGCGAAAAGCACCGAAGGACCUGCCCGCAGGAUUCAGGUUCAGGGCUGCACUUCAUCACGAAGUAGCAGAUUGUACGCCCUCCAUAAGUGGGUACAGAAAGCUCGAGGAGAUGGUGAGGGCGUACCACAUUCCCAAAACCAUACUACUGCGGACGGGCGGGCAGAAUGAAAGGGCGUGCACAGUGUCGCCGACGGGCUGGAUACCAGUGUACGUGGACCACUUCGACGCCGGCCUGCGGUUUCCCCUGCCCGGCCUGGUAUUCGAUCUGCUCGCGGAGUACGAGCUGGCGCUGACGCAGCUAACGCCCAACAGCAUAAGGUUCAUCAUGGGCUUUAUGCUGUUGUGCGCAAGAUUGGAGGUGCCAGCUAAAGCGAUAGUGUUCAGGUCGCUAUUCCAGUGCCGGUUGUGCCCGAACUCACGAGGAGCGAGGUGGUACUACCUCUCUGGGAGGGAUAAGAGCCAAUUGUUCAAGAAUGUCCGGAACAAAGUGGCGAGAUGGAAGAGGCAGUUCGUAUUUGUUCGCGACACGCGGACAGAGAGGAUAAGCAACGACCUCGCUGCUCGGCUGUCAGAAUGGCGAACUCCGAACGCCCACAUCAACUACCCCCAGCUGCUGCCCCGGGAUGUGGACCUGAAGAACCAGCUGCUUCAGUAUGCACAGGGGGAGGGUCUUAUAGAUUUAGAAGCCCUGGUUACCUCGGAGCAGCUCGCCGUGUUCGGGUUUGUCGAUGUGACAAACCUGUUCAGCGAAGAUAUAUUUUCAUCAUAUAUCCUAGAUUCUAGCCGAGCUGAGGCUUAUGCAUUUGUUUGUGCAGGUGAAAUGAGCAGCAUAUUGGAACGUCAACGCCAACGUGCCCAAAGCUCGCGAGGCUGUGGGGCGAGCAGCGCGCAGUCCCGGCCAACACGCUGCGGCGGACGCAUCCAUGCCCGUCGAUCUGACGGAUGAUUAGGCUUAGGACUUUUUUGUUUUAUUUUUUAUUUUUUUGUAUUUUUGCUUUGGCCUUUUUGUAUUUGAUCGACGGAUUCAGAUCGCCUGUGCUUUUAAUGUAAUAUCGUUGAUGGAAUACAAAAAUGAACUUUCU